GCUUUGUAAUCAUGGCGUCCGAACGUUACAGUUUCUCUCUCACCACUUUUAGCCCUUCAGGGAAAUUAGUCCAAAUCGAAUAUGCUUUAGCUGCUGUAGCCGCUGGCGGGACGUCCGUCGGUAUCAAAGCAUCCAAUGGCGUAGUGAUUGCCACAGAAAACAAGCAUAAGAGCAUUCUGUACGAUGAGCACAGCGUCAAUAAGGUGGAAAUGAUCACUGGUCACAUCGGUAUGGUUUACUCCGGUAUGGGACCUGACUACCGUCUCCUGGUCACCCAGGCCCGGAAGAUGGCUCAGCAGUAUUUCUUGAUGUACCACGAGCCCAUUCCUACUGCUCAGCUUGUGCAGCGGGUAGCUACUGUCAUGCAGGAGUAUACUCAGUCUGGUGGUGUCCGUCCCUUCGGUGUCUCACUCCUGAUCUGUGGCUGGGACAACGACAGACCGUACCUGUUCCAGUGUGAUCCCUCCGGAGCCUACUUUGCUUGGAAAGCAACCGCUAUGGGCAAGAAUUAUAACAAUGGCAAGACUUUCUUAGAAAAGAGAUACACAGAGGAAUUGGAACUCGAUGAUGCAGUGCACACAGCGAUCCUCACUCUCAAAGAAGGUUUCGAAGGUCAGAUGACAGCAGACAAUAUAGAAGUUGGCAUCUGCGAUGCUAGCGGCUUCAGACGGCUGGAACCCGCUCACGUUAAAGAUUAUUUGGCUAACAUCCCCUAAUAUACCAAUCUAUUGUAACUUACUGA